AUGGUUACUUUGUACUGUGCCGUCGUUGGUGUGUCUGGGAGCGCGUUCCCUGUGGACAUUGACGAGAACAAGUCCGUGGGGCACUUGAAGAAGGCGAUCAAGGAGGAGAACGCAUCGACGAUCACAUGCGACGCCAAGAACCUGCAGCUCUUCCUGGCGAAGAAGAAGAAAGGCGCUGGGGUGUGGCUAACGGAGAACGACGUGAAGGACGGUGUCAGUGACACGAGUGAUUUGAAGCUAUUGGGCGUUGCAGGAGCGCCGCUCAGCUUGGUUGGCUUGUCGGAGAAGGACGUCAAGUUCGUACCCACGCUAGAGGAUGUCGAGUCGAUGAACACACCUGUUCACGUGCUGGUGGCGUUGCCUCCUGGGACAAGUAGUGCUCCUAUUUCUGAUGGGACGGACUUAUGGCUGUCGAGAUUUCAACAUUGUGAAGUUGCAAAACUUACGCUACUGCCGACACGCGGAGAUCUAAAUGAAUUUAUCGGACAACCUCUCCCUGUAAAGAUUGGGUUACCGCAGUCUGUGUUUCAAGCUUGGUCGAGUCCAUUGAUACUAGGCCAACUCCUUCGAGAUAAAUUGUUCGAGCUAAACGACAUUUCGCCGUGCGAUUUUUUAAAAGAUUCGGUGUUUAGCGCUGCGUUCCUGUACCCGCAGGUGGAUGGGGAUGCCACAGAGAGUGCAUUUCAUUAUUUCUGGGAUUCAAUUAUCCGUGUGGUGCUCGGGUUUGUGUUUAGGCGUGCUUACGUCAACCGGGAUUCGAGCAGGAAAUCCUCGUCAGGUUUGAAGCGACCCGACUUUUUGUUUGCUUUGGAUCAUAUCUGUGUUUUUCGUGGUGAGGAGAAAGAACCUCGUACUUCUAUCACUGUGCCUCGUGAGGAGCUCUCGAAAAAGCUGGUGUGGUCCUACGGUGGAGUGCCGUAUGUGUUUGGCUAUGCUGCGUCGGGCUUCGAGCUAGAAUUAUUUGCUAUCUAUCAAGACGUCACGGGCAACGUUAAAACCCACCUUAUUGGAGGGUUUAACUUGCAGCAUGCGCCGGAACGUUUUCGACUUGUACUGGCACUUCUGAAUUUGUGUCG